GACUUCACCAUGUGUCACCCGCCGUUUUAUAGUAGCGCCGAGGACGUUUCACUUUCAGCCGAAUUCAAGGAGCUUGGUAUGCAGUGGUCCACGAAUGUAAGAGAACAACAAUUGACUCAGGUUUGCUCAGGAGCAGAAGUGGGGAUGAUACCUCCAGACGGAGAAACGAAUUUCGUCGCUCGCAUUUUCUCAGCGAGCCUACAGUUGAUGACGAAGUGGUAUACUUCUAUGCUUGGGAAGAUGUCAUCAAUUCCUGAUAUUGUUACCCUCUUUCGCGAACACAGUGUGCACAACUAUGCUAUAACAGAGUUUAUUCAGGGUCCAACACGCCGUUUGGGCCGUAAGCUGGUCAUUUCAAGAGGCCAGCUUCCUGACGUAUGGCUUCUGGUUGACUUCUAG